GCGUCACAACGAGCGCGACGGGAUGGUGGCUGAGGAUGUGAGUGGAGGAAGCGGCGGGAAUCCGUCGCCAUCCGGGGCCAGGCGGGCCGACGGGGGCGACGAGAGCGGCGGAGCUGCUCUGUGGAGUUCAUUUCACGCCAUUUAGGGAUCGUUUCUCUGACUCCAGGAGUUAGAAGUAAGAGUUCAGAUAAGUGAGUCCCCCGCAGUGCCGAUUUUGGACUUGGAAGGGGAAAAUGGAACUGUCAGGAAUGAAAAAGAAGAGUUUGCUAGGAAUCAAAGAAAAUAAUAAAAAGUCCAGCACUAGGGCUCCCUCUCCCAGCAAGCGUAAAGACCGGACUGAAGAAAAAUCCAAGGACAGAUCUAAGGACAAACCAGCCACCAAGGAAUCCGGUGAAAAGGACCGUGGGAGGGACAAAACCCGAAAGAGGCGCAGUGCCUCUAGUGGCAGCAGUACUACCAGAUCCCGCUCUAGCUCCACGUCCAGUUCAGGGUCAAGCUCCAGCACCGGCUCCAGCAGUGGUUCCAGCUCCUCCUCAGCAUCGAGCCGUUCAGGGAGCUCCAGUACUUCACGGAGCUCGAGCUCCAGCAGCUCCUCAGGUUCUCCAAGCCCGUCUCGACGUCGACAUGACAACAGGAGGCGUUCCCGUUCCAAGUCAAAGCCACCCAAAAGAGAUGAAAAGGAACGGAAGAGGAGGAGCCCUUCACCAAAACCGACCAAAGUGCAUGUUGGGAGGCUCACCAGAAACGUGACCAAGGAUCACAUCAAUGAAAUAUUUUCCACUUACGGGAAAAUCAAAAUGAUCGACAUGCCGUUUGACAGGCUCAAUCCACACCUUUCCAAGGGUUACGCAUAUGUAGAGUUUGAGAAUUCAGAUGAUGCCGAGAAGGCCUUGAAACACAUGGAUGGGGGGCAGAUUGACGGUCAGGAGAUCACUGCAACAGGGGUCUUGGCUCCUCGGCCUAGGCUACCGCCCAGGCGUUUCUCCCCACCCAGGAGGAUGCUGCCGCCACCGCCCAUGUGGCGUCGGUCACCACCUCGAAUGAGACGAAGAUCCAGAUCUCCCCGGCGCAGAUCCCCUGUUCGCAGGAGGUCCAGAUCAAGGUCACCCGGCCGAAGGCGCCACCGGAGUCGCUCCAGUUCCAACUCUUCUCGAUAAAACCCAAGACUUGGCAGAUUCUAGUUGUUGCUUUUUUAAAAGCUAAAAUCCUAUAAUGAUUAAAAAUGUACAUUUUGAAAAAGAAAGGAGUGGGAAUGAAACAAAAAAGAAGCUUGAGAACCAGUUAUGGGGAGACUGACUGGAGGGCCCCAGGGAGGGAGAUUAAUUUGCGUCAAGGUUCUUUUAAAAGCUGGGUUUGGUUCUGAUGGUCCCGGGUCCUGUUGUUGCAAUCUGCCCCCCUUGAAACUCAUAGAGCUUACAAUUUCCCCACAGAACAAUUAAAGCUGGAAUUGUUGCCAUUGGGAAAUGACAAAUGAGCAAGGCUGGUAUUUCUGAUGGACCAUUUCAGAGUGCGGAAGUGUCCCUUUCCCUCUCACCCCUCCUGACUUAUUUAGACACAGACUCUUUUUAUUUUCUCCUCCCUCCCUCUCCAGUGGGGAUAUUUGGUGCCAACUAUUUUUUGCUGUUAACUCUGUGAAUGUAUACCCAUUCAUGAUUUGGCCCAGGGAGUUGACAGAGAUUGUGGUCCUCCUGAACUACUUGCAAUAGGUUAUGCGUUCAAACCUGUUUCAGUCAUCCAAGAAACUCGGUGUCUCAAAAAUCUUCCCUUCCUUAGCCAAAUGGUUUCGGUCCAUAUUUCACCCCUUGUUCCUUCAGCGUCGAUGUAAAUUCUUCAGUUUUUUAAACAUUUUGUUGAGAAAAUAUGUAUCGGAUUGGCAGACAAAUUCUCAAGGUCUGGUUUUCAAACAGACCAAGGUGAGGGAGUGGUUAAAUUCAGAUCGUAAAAGGUGAGCGAUUUGCAACCUGCUGUACAGUCAUUACUAUAAAGCUUGAUUUUUGUAUGACUUUGUAGCAUCUUCUAGUUGUGUUGUGUUUGUUGUGUAGGAUGACAAGAUGGAAUAAACUACCAUGGUUUCAAGGAAA